AUGUCUCCGAACACUACUUCGCUCCCACAACAGGGAGCUCUCCUUGCCGGAGUCGCCGCCGCAGGCCCCGCCCCGGGACUUGGCCGGUCUGUGGUCUCCGCGGGGUCGACUUCUCGGCGGACUGCUAGUGCGUCGUCUUUCCUGUCUCAACGUCUCGGCGAGUCCUUCCGGUUUCUGCCGCAGUCUUCGGCCGCGGCGACGUCGAAGCGCACGCGCCAAUUCCUCCAAACCCUUGCUUCUUCCUCUUCCUUGGCUUCUCAUGAGGGUCAGGCAGCGCUCACGAGUGCAGCCGACUCGAAGGCCGCGGUGCUCAGCGGCGUCAGCGCCUCCUCCCUUCGAUCUGAGACAUGUGCUGUGUCCGACGUUCGCGCGGCGAAGCAACAGAAGCUGGUCUCGCGCCCGUGUGUAGCUCCAGUCCAGGCGAAUUCGCAGGGUGCGGGUGACGUUUUCCCCUCCUCUGCAUUCGCUUUUGGGUCCAACGGGCCUCUUGGCCCCCAGCCAGAGAAAAUCACGCCUCCGCCUCUCUCGUUCGUGCCGAGCGUCUCGCGCGGUCGAACUCAACAGGCUGGAGGCGCCCCAGACAGCUCUUUCGGCGUCUCCAAGAGUGUCCUGAGUCUGACUUCGAGGAAUGUCCCCGCGGCGACUCGCGGUUCUUCUCCGUCGCCAGCUGCGGCGCUUCUGGCGACCGUGAAGCCGGCGGACAGCGAGAAGAAGGGACUGGAGCCAGCCGACGUCCAGACAGAGAACAAGGCGCCGAACACGGCGGAGGCGCCUCAUGCUCUGGCCGCCCCGCUCCGCACGAGGAGCGAAGGCGCGUGCAUGGGUCCGAAGGCGACAGGGCCGCUGCCUGCGCGUCUCGACUUUUUGAAUCUAGUGGACUGUUGCCGGCUGGUCAUGUGCGACACAGCAGACGCGUUCGGCGAGGACUUUGGAGUCGACAACACCCACAACUCGCGCCUUGCCCAGUUCAGCUACGACCAGGCGGCGUACAAGGCCGACAAGGCGCACCCUGCGACCGACUACACGGCGACGAGCAAGCGGAUCUCGCCGGAGACCCGCGACUCGCUCAUGUGCAUCCUGAACCAAGUGGCGGCCCAUCUGACUCAGAAUUCAUCGGCUUCGAACGAGUCCCAAAAGCCUGACAGCAAGAAGACGACACCGGGCUCGGAUCCUCUCAGCCCGCGAGCCGCCGCGACGGUCGCAAUCGCGAUUCAGCUCUUCGACCGCUUCAUGCAUGUCGUACACCAGAAUGACUUGCAGUACGGCUUGAGCGCAGAGCACCGCAUGCACCCGCUGCACGGGUUGAGCGCGCUGGCGGGGAGCAGCCAGAGGGGCGGCGCAAUGAUGAACACUCUGCUGCUGAACCAGCUGAUAGCGAUCACCUGCUUCUGCUUCGCGGACAGAGUCGAGGCUAUCCACGCGUACGACUACUCCGCAGUCCUGGAAGCCUGGAAGCAGCAAGCCACUGGACUGCUGCGCCAGAGUUGGACCUCGUCUCUGCUCUCCGCGACGGUCUUGAAGCAGAAGUUGAUGCAAAUCGAACGGAAAAUCAUUUCCCACGUGCCCCCCGCAGGAAACGUGUCUGUGACUCCGAUUUCCGAACUAACAGAGGCGCUCCUCAACGUUGCGGUCCAGUUCGCCCACGUGAACGAGCGCCAACGGCGGCCGCCAUUGGUUCUCGACACCAGGACACCGCGGCGCGAGGACUGUGAGGGCAGCCACGACAGUCAGGAGGCGGAACUCGCGAGUCCGGGCCGCGUCCAGAGUGGGGCCUCACUGUCCAAGUUUUCGCCUCUCGAUCCCAGACGCCGAGCGUCGGUCAGCGGCGAGGUCGGGCGGGAGUCCGAGGCGAAGAAGGACCCCCACCGACUCUCGCUUUCCGGGCGUGAGACGGCUGCGUCGUCGCGUCGCUGCUCCGCGGUGUCUCUAUGCGGAGACGCCGAGGGCGGAGACGAGGCAAGCGCGACGAGGAGUCUAUCUCCGUCGUCGCCCUUCGCCCUGCGCCUGCGCAUCAGCGGGAGCAACGAGCCGGACAUGGCGCGCCUGAUUGCGCAAUUGCUGGUACGUUUGGGCCAACUGGACCGCCGCAUUUGUCUCGGCUUCAAGCCCUCGAUUGUGGCGUCGGCCGCCUGUCAAAUCGCGCUCCUUCCCCAGCUCUCCGCGACCGAAAUCUCUCCGCUGUCGCCCGCGGGUCGCCUCGCCGCCACGCGCGCCUUCAUCGCCUCCGGGGCCUCCACGGGCUGCCGGCUGGUCCGUCGCUGUCAGUCUAUGCUGUUGCACAAGUGGCUGAAGGUCCGCAACGCGAUGGACACGCUGCUGUCUUCCUCCGGGUACUCGGGUGCGGGUCUGUCGUCCCAGGGCCUGAAGAGCGCGGCUACGGGUCUCUCCGGCAGCGGAUGCAGCUUGCCUGACCGCAUGGCGGCCGAGUGGGUGCUCUCUCGCCUGACGCUUCCCUCACACAAAAAGGUCCUUGAGCUCCUCCAGUUCCACGCCGAAAUUUGGGCCGAGUGCGCAGCCGCGAACUUGAAGGCGAAGGCCCUCGCGGUCGGCGCACCGGCGACCUUCAUCGAAGCCGUGACGGGCGCGAUGGGGGCGAAAAACGCGCGACGCGGCCGAGAGGAAAGAGAUGAGCGGGACGAAGAGGCCCUAGGAGAGCGACGCCGCACGCGGAGCCUCCAGGCCCGCACAUGUGGCAGAGACCCCGCACGAGGCCCCGAGGAGCGAGCGCUGCCGCCCAGGGCCCCGGGUCUCUCGACGAGCCUUGGCUUAUACGCGAUCACAGCGCUCCAGAAGGAGCUGAAACGCGCCGAGAGAGCUUCGAUCGAGGGCCGGCGGAUGCGGAACGUCUCUCCGGAGCCAGAGAAGAACGCGAACCAGGAAAAUCGAGAAAAUUUAUAG